UGGUGUAAGGAAAGAGCCGCAAGUGGAGCAUGUCUGCCCGUCUUACGGGCAUUGUAACUAGUAUAAAUCUCGCUGUAAGGCAGAUUUCGGGGGCGAAAUGCUACUUGGCAGAUCGCUUCAUCGUUCAAAAAACAUACGGCUGUUCAUAUAAACGAGACUUUGCCAGACUUAUACUGUAACAUCAUGGCGGUCAGAGACAGCGUACCGACUUAUCGCCUUCGGCCUACAGCCCUCAAAGAAUACCUGAAGCAACUCUUUCGUCAGGAGAUCGCAGUCAACACUUCCGAGGAUGGCAAAACCUUCUAUUGGUUCACGAUACCACGAAAGCUCAGCCAAGGAGAAAGAGAUUAUAUCUAUGACGGACUUCGAUACAAGAAGGACGAGGAUACCGAUCUGUGGGAAUAAUGCCUUGCAGAUCACUAAAGAGGGGAACACGGCAAGGUAGUCUUAGGUCAGAUCCGCCUAUUUGUAGAGAACGCUUUAUAAUUGGCAGAUAUGAACCCUUGAUGUAACUGGUAUGACCUGAAGGAUAACUUCAGGGAUCUGGAACGGGACAUCCAUUUGGCGAUUCUAUUGGAUUUCAGCUAUGCCAAGCCCCUGUCAAUAGUGUCGCACGCGCUAGAACACCCACAUUUACAGGAGGCCUUGCAUGGCUGUGUAGGGCUCAACGUUGCUAGAAAAUUAGCGUCCGCAGAUGGCGAAAUGUAUCUUAGUUUUUCUACUUCUUGCUUCAUAUCCUAGUGCCUCUAGUUAUAUCCCGUCCAUUGAUCCUGUCUUUUCAUGAAGUUAUAGUGUGCUGUCGUGGUUUCUA